UAAGAAAAUUAAUGGAUAAUUUUGAAGAUUUAAUUGUAUCAUAUCGUGAACAUGAUUCACUUUUAGUUCAUCGUGAUGAAGAAAAUUUAACAGAAGAAGAACAAAAACAAGCACAACAUGAAGAUGUUCUUACAAAAACACGAAUAUAUGGACGUAAUCACACAACAGCAAUACCUUUAACUGAUGAUCCAAUAAUUUCAAUUAUACCAGGACAAGUUAUGAAUUUUUUUCGUCAAAAUCCAACAUAA